AUGGCGCCGAACUCGAACGGCUACGACGAUGAGGCUGUUCCCUCAUCAAAUGAAAACGCUACGACUGGGGGUGCGGUGCCACAAGUUGCAGAACAACCCGCACACGAGGAUACCGCCGAGAAUACCCCAGUGGUUGCUGAUUCAAAUGAUGAUGGAACAUUCACCCAGGAACUAGAAAUAGAGCAAAUGAGGAGUACAUUGGAAGAGGCGAUUAUGGAAACGCGCAGUACGCCUCUCGAAAAUCGACCGCGACUUCCCCGCAUAGCCCUAAGCAAGCGGAAUCGGGCUGUCGCGAGGGCUCUGAACCCAAUGCUGGUGACCUAUUUGGAAGCCAGCCGGGACCUUUGCGAGACGGACUCAAUUCUCUUUGGCGCCGCACUGGCAGUCUGCCGUAUUAUAGGCGCCACACUUUCCACGGCUGGACGCACUACUGGACAAAGUAGUGCUAUCCCAGCCUGGAGAACAAGAAUUGAAGAACGUAUCGCAAAGGCUAGGGCCCUCAUCGGCAGACUGAUAUGCUUCAGGUCAGGCAAUACCAGGCCAAGGAUUGUGCGCACCGUCAGGAUGGCGUUUGCUGGGACAAAUGUUAGUUUGUCCCAGCCGGAUAUAAUGCAAAAACUGACGGAGCGCAUAGACGACCUGAAGCAGAGAAUCGCUGCUUGA